GUCUGUCUGGUUGAUCAGUGACCGGUGCUUCACUCGAACUUUUUAAACUUGUGAUAGUUUCCUCACAGUCCUCAGUAAUAUUGUCAAGACGUUUUAAAAACUUCUUUCUGUCCGACAUUUGAAUUCGUUCAUCAGCAGCUGAGAGGAUUUGUCUGCAGUUGCUUUGCUCGCUCCUGUUUUUGGGUUCAGCUGAGACCCGAGGACGUUCAUGCAGCGUUACCGCCAAUAUGGCGCCUCCUACUCCUCCCCCUCUGCUCCUGUAGAGGAGGCCGAGGCCCAGGAGGAGGAGGAGGAGGAGGAGGAUGAGUAUGCUGAAGAGGAGGUGUGUGAGGAGGAGGAGCCGCUGGUAGAGGAGGGGGUGCAGGACGUGGUCCAGGGCACAGGAGGCGUUAAUGAGGAGGAGGUCCCACAGAGGAAAGAGGAGGUGACACCGCCUGUCUCUGAGACAGAGGCUAAGGUUCCACCAGUGGAGAGCAAGAAUGGAAAGAGGACAGAGGGAGGAGGAGACGCAGGAGGAGGAGGAGGUCCUAAAUACUCCAUGUUCACCUGGUUUGUGGUCCUGGCUCUGCUUGGAGUGUGGAGCUCUGUGGCCGUGGUCUACUUCGACAUCGUGGACUACGACAGUGUGAUCGCCAGAGCUAAGGACUUUCACAUGAACUUUUCUCAAGUUUUACAAGGUAAACUCAAGGCCUACGACACAGACGGAGACGGAGACUUUGACGUGGAAGAUGCUAAAGUUCUGCUCGAUGAGAGGGAAUUGAAAGGCCCCGUUCUCAGGAGACACAGACUGAGAAGAGAGGACAAGAAAGACGUGAAGAAGAAAGAAGAGAAGAACAUGGGAGCUGCCACUCAAAAGAUGAAACCCUCAGAAGAAGCGCUGACGUCUGCUGGAAAGAACGUAACGCGAGACCGUCCUGUCCGAGGGCUCAGGCUGCGCUCGGCUCUGAAGGAUGAGCUGAGGAUGAUCCACGAGAAGAUGGAGGUCAAGAGAAUCGCUCGCAUCGCACUGGCUGAGAUCAGGGCCUUCCUCGCCGAAGAGGAGGAGGAGAAGGAGGCGAUCUGGGCAUCGAAGAUGAAGAUGCUGGAGGCUGCUCAGGAACAACUGAGAGAGGAGAGGAGGAGGGAGGCAGAGAGAGUAGAGAAAGAAGAAAAGGAAAGGAUGGAGAAGGAGAAGGUGGAGAAGGAGAGGAUUGAAAAGGAGAGGAUUGAAAAGGAGAGGAUUGAAAAGGAGAGGAUGGAAAAGGAGAGGAUUGAAAAGGAGAGGAUUGAAAAGGAGAGGAUGGAAAAGGAGAGGAUUGAAAAGGAGAGGAUGGAGAAGGAAAGGAUUGAAAAGGAGAGGAUGGAGAAGGAGAGGAUUGAAAAGGCAAAGGCUGAACAGGAAAGGAUGGAAAAGGAGAAAGCAGAGAAGGAAAGGAAGGAGAAGGAGAAAGCGGAAAAGGAGAGGAUGGAAAGGGAGAAGGUAGAGAAGGAAAGGAUAGAGAAAGCUGAGAAGGAGAAGGUAGAGAAGGAAAGGAUGGAGAAAGCUGAGAAGGAGAAGGUAGAGAAGGAAAGGAUGGAGAAAGCUGAGAAGGAGAAGGUAGAGAAGGAAAGGAUAGAGAAAGCUGAGAGGGAGAAAGCGGAGAAGGAGAGGGUGGAAAGAGAAGCCAAAGAAAAGGCUGAAAGGGAGAGGCUGGCACGAGAAAGGGCAGAAAAAGAGAGACAAGAAAUGGAGAAAAGAGAAAAGGCGGCCAGAGAAGAGAGGGAACGACUGGAGCAUCAGAAGAUUGAAAGGGAAAGGAUGGAGAGAGAGCGACUGGUCAGGGAACGAGAGAGGGAAGCCAAGGAGAAGGAACGACUGGAAAGAGAAAGAUUGGCAAGGGAGAAGGCUGAAAAGGAGAGGAUAGAGAGGGAGCGCAUCGCCAAAGAAAGAGAGAGAAUAGCCAAGGAGAAGGAGAGGAUGGAGAGAGAGAAGGUGGAGAAAGAACGACUGGAGAAAGAGACUCUUGAAAAACAGCGGAUCGCUAAAGAGAAAGCGGAAAAAGAACGACUGGAGAGGGAACGCAUCGCUAAGGAAAGAGAGAGGAUUGCAAAGGAGAGGAUGGAGAGAGAGAAGGCAGAAAAGGAGAGGCAGGAGAAAGAACGAGUGGCUAAAGAGAAAAUGGAGAAAGAGAGACUGGAACGAGAACGCAUCACAAAGGAAAGAGAGAAAAUCGCCAAGGAACGAGAAAUGGCAGAAAAAGAAAGACUGACCAGAGAGAAGGAAAAGAUGGAGAGAGUGACGAGAGAGAAGGAAGAGAGGGAACAGAUGGAGAGAGAGCGCAUUGCCAGGGAAAGAGCAAGAAUCGCUCAGGAGAAGGAGAGAUCAGAGAAAGAAAGAUUAGAGAAGGUGAGAGCGCAAAAAGAGAGGGCUGCUAAAGAAGAGAGGGAGAGAGCGGAGAAAGAGCGUCUGGAGAAGGAAAGGAUAGAACGAGAAAGACUCAAGAAGGAGAGACUGGAGAAAGAGAAAUCGGCGAGGGAACAGUGGGAGCGACAGAAGGCUGAAAAGGAGAGAGCGGUUCGAGAGAGGGAACUGAUGGAGAGGCAGAAGCUCGCCAGAGAAAAAGCUCUGCGGGAGAAGAUGGAGGAGGAGAAAGCAAACCGGGAACGAACCGGACAAGAAGUUCAGGGGAGGAGACGGAACAGUUCACAUCUCAAAGCUGCAACAGCCGAGGAGAAAACCGAGAGAGCGAGUGUGUCCGCGUACAGAUCCUCACUGUGUGUUUGGGCUCCUCCAGCUGCUGUCCCUCUCCCUCCUCUGGUGGAAGAAGACUUCGUUCCAGACGAUCCUCGAGACAGCACGCAUCCAUACGAGGAUGACGUCAUCACCAUCGACACCACAGGAGUUUUGUUGGAGGAGACGCUGCCGGAGGAGAGCGUGGUGACGUCUGGACAGUAUCUGACCAGCUCUAAACUCUCCCAGGAAGCAGCAGAGAAACAAGAACCUGAGAGUGAGAAGCUCAAAGAGACCGAGAGCAUCACAGAGGAAACAGCAGAGAAACAGACUCAGGACAAACUCCAAGAAAAAGCCAAGAAGAAAAAACCAAAACUGUUGAAUAAGUUUGAUAAAACCAUUAAAGCAGAGAUCGAUGCAGCAGAGAAGCUUCGCAAGAAGGGGAAGGUGGAGGAGGCGUUACGAGUCUUCGAGGCCCUGGUGCAGCAGUAUCCACAGAGUCCCCGCGCUCGCUAUGGAAAAGCUCAGGCGGAGGACGACGUGGCCGAGAAGCUGCGCAGUAACGACAUGCUGCAGAGAGCCAUCAACAGCUACAGAGAGGCGGCCGAGCUCCCUGACGUGACCCCUGACCUCCUGAGGGCUGCGCUGAAGAGACGAGCUGAGAGGCAGCAGUUCCUGGGACGGAUGCGAGGGUCUCUGGCGACUCUGGAGAAGUUGGUUCAAAUAUUUCCAGACGACGUCAGUCUGAAGAACGACCUGGGCGUUUCCCACCUGUUGCUAGGAGACAACAAGGGCGCCAAGAAGGUGUAUGAGGAGGUCCUGGAGGCUGCCCCCGGCAACGGCUUCGCUAAAGUUCACUACGGCUUCAUCCUGAAAUCUGAGAACAAGAUCGCAGAGAGUAUACCCUACCUGAAGGAGGGUUUGGAGUCGGGUGAACCAGGGACGGACGACGGGCGUUUUUAUUUCCACCUGGGAGACGCUCUGCAGAGAGUCGGAGACGACAGCGCGUAUCACUGGUACGAGCUGGGUCACAGGCGAGGUCACUUUGCGUCGGUGUGGCAGAGAUCGCUGUACAACGUGAACGGACUGAAGGCUCAGCCCUGGUGGACGCCAACAGAGACGGGAUACACCGAUCUGGUCAAGAACACACGUCGACCAGAUGCUGAUGGAAGUGAACACACCAACACAACUUCACUCCAGUGA